UGGGCUCUUUGGCUUGACUGGUGCUCAACCUCGAUCAACCAAACCGUCCUAGGCGCUAAUCAGUUAAAACUAGGCUCAUCGGAUGGACGAUGCCAAGGAGGAGACGCGCCGUGCCGCGGCGGCCGCCGGCGGCGGUGCUACUGCCGAGUCGCCGGACGCCGGCGAACCCCACGCCCUCGCCGCCCACCUGCAGGGGUGGUGCAGAGCGUGCCUUCACCUCGCCGCGCUCGCCUUCGUCGCCUGCGCCUUCGUCCAGACGGCGGGCCGGGCGGCGCGCCACGACGACCCGUGGGACCUCGCGUUCGUCGUCGCCGCCUACGCCAACCUCGCCGCGCUCUUCGCCGUCCUCCGCCGCGCCGAGGCGCUCACGCCAGAGUCGCCCGCCCGCGAGCGCCGCCGCCUGCUCCGCGCCGCCUGGGCGCUGUCCACCGUCCUCAGCUGCACUUUCGCCUACCGAGUGGCCAGGAUCAUGCCGGCCGCCAUGGCCGUUGCCGUCUGGGCCAUGACCGCCUCCCUCGUCGCCGGCGGGUUCUACUUAUUGGUUCUCAACGACGGCCGGGGGUCAGAGGAGGAUCGCCAUGUCGUCCACGACGGCAGACCUUCCUUUCACAAGAUUCCUGCAAACGACAUGGUGUAGGAAGAACCAUUGCAGAUACUUUUUUCUGUUAUAAUUGGAUUUAUUUUUUUUGAACUCUAUAAUUGGAUUUAUUUAUUACUCUUUCGACAGUAACUAAACAUUCAUAGCCAACUUAAAUUCUCUGUAAUGUUGAUUUUGUAAAGAUCUUUUUGGUAUAACAACUGAUCACAGGGCUUUAUUUUCCCUA